CCAUCUCCCAUCAUCAUGUCUACCGACCAGCAUCCGGCAGAAACCGGCAGGACCCUGGAAAUAUCUACUUAUACAACUCCUGUUGGNUGUGUCGAGUGUCGCACACGACGACUACACUGCGAGACAGACGCUGCAAAUCCUCGCCAGCCUUGCGGAAGCUGCGUGCGAAAUGGGUACAUCUGCUCCAACUUGACGAGUACCGCCACCGCUCCACGUCCACCACGCUCUGCGAAUCGUAAUCGGGUACAAAAAGCCAAAGACCGUGCUCCCAAACGGGUUGCCUGUGACUGGUGUCGUCGACAAAAGGUUCGCUGCUCUGGAGAAACGCCAUGUAGCGCAUGCGCCAUCCGUGAUCAAUCAUGUGUUUAUCCUACCGUCAACAGAAGUCAAGUCGGUGAUGACAGUUCCGCGACUCAAAAUUGGGAAGCUGGCUUACCGCGUUAUGAUGUCCCUGGCCAACAUCAGCUGAAUGGCUCGCCAUCAUCGCACUUGCAGCCUGGUCAAAUCUACCAGGCCCCAGCUCCUACGGCUCGUCAGCAGGUUCCCCGACUGNNUCUAAAUCUAGACAAAGAAGUCAUUGCCGAGUACAUAGAAGCCUUCUUUCGCUUUGUGUAUCCAGUUGGUUGCAUGAACUUUCUACAUCAACCGACUUUCUUGCGCCAAUGGCACACUCAUACCGUAAACGUUACUUUGCUGAAGGUCGUCUGUGGGUGUGCGCUUAGAGUCUUUUCAACUACUCAGGAAGACAAUGAACGAGCAGCACAGUGGAUGCAUGAAGCCGAGUUGGACGCUCUGCAACAUCUCGGAGAUCUAACCGUUCCUCGAUUGCAAGCUCUAACCCUGCUUGCCUUCUUCGAGUUUACCUACCACGUACACUCAACAAAAGCUCUCAUGUUACUUGGGCUGGCGGCUCGUCUUGCCUUCACAAAGCGGCUCAACUACGAAGACGCUACCUUGUCAAUAGUCGAGCAAGAGUCUAGAAGACGUCUCAUGUGGUCCAUCUUUGUCCUCGACAAGUUCUGUUCUGGUGGAGUUGACGAGCUGACUUUGAUCCCUGCCGAACAUAUGGAGAUUCGGCUGCCCACGAUCGAGAGAGCCUUUGGCUUUGGACAGCGUACCGACACAGAGGUCCUUCGUCCCAGGGUUGAAAAUGGCGUACCAAUCACCAAUGCCAAGGGUAUGGAUGAGUUUGCUUACACCGUUCGUCUGCUGGAUCUACUGCGCAACAAGAUUCACAAGUAUGACAUCUCGCUGCUGGGUGGAAUCAGGCUAACAUUAGAAAGGUUUACCAAGCGCGUCCGAUCCACCGACGAGAGUCUAUACACAUCGGCACAAGACUUCCUUGCUCUAGACUCUGCAAUCGACACAAUCGAGCAGCAGAUCCCGUUGGACCUCAAGUGGGACAAGGCGCACUUGCAGAAACGAAUGUAUGCACCUGGCCUCUCGAGCUACAUUAUGCUUCAUACUUGGCGAUUGCAGUGCAAACUGGACCUUCAUCGCUUGACCCUGUCAGGAACAAAAGAAAGCAUCUCGGAAGCAGCGCUAAGAAACACACCUCUGAACUUCGCACAGAAUUUGAGGCUAAAAUGUCUGUCGCAUGCCAUCGAGCUGACGAAGAUGUGGGCAGAAGUGCUGGACCUCGGCCUCGCAAAACCGGUGCAUGAUGCCGCCAUUUCUGGCUGCGCACAUCAGUGUGCGAAGAUCCUGACUCUCAUACCCGACCAAGUUGGAUACUCAGCACCAGGUCAAGAAAAUAGGAUUGGUGCUGUGUUGAUAUGUCAGAUGAUCAUCGAGCCACUGAAAGAUAUCUAUCCUAAGGCUAAGAUCUUGUAUGAUGAUGUGUGUCGCAUGAGGUCUGAACUCAACACUGCUCCAAUACGAGACCCUCCCAACUUAAUGCAACACAUGGACGAACACGAUGUGGGGAUCACGAUACAGGCGAACGAUGAGGAUCAAGUCAGAAACUUGCUCAACCAGUACAGUGCAUAA